AUGGAAACCUCCGACUCUGAAGCCGACAAGAGAACUCCCAGAGGUGCCGACGCCGUCUUGGCCGGGUCAUCGGACGACGGCUCGGCGACACCGACCGGCGACUGCGGUGCGGACGCCCCGACCCAGCUGUCCUUGAACCAGCUCAAGGCGGGAGAGCUCAUGCAAAGGAUCCACGCUGAUACGAGAGACCUACUUGACCACAUUCAAAGCCUGCUCCAGUCCAACUUCUUGCUGGGCGGUUGUAGACGCAGCAGGAUACCCGGCGUGAUUGCCAGCCACCCGGGCCUGAUCGCCGCGCACACGCUGUCCCAACUCGUCGCCGUCAACGUGGACGAGCUCGUGACGCUGUGCCACGACAGCGCCACGGACGCCGAGCAUAUGCUCCAAGGCGUCGCCCCCUUCCGGGAACGGGAGCGGCGAAAGAGGCGCCGGAGGCACAGGAAGGACUCUGCGGCGUCUUACUGCUAUCCGCAAAAGACGACGAGCACCCCGCAGUGGCGGAACGGACCCGCCGGCCUCUGGACUCUCUGCAACGUCUGCGGGUUGAUAUACGCCAGACAGAUGCGCAGGAACGGCCUUGUCAAGCGGCUGACCAGUUCCCCCGAGGGCUCACGAGACAGUGAGUGCAAAGCAGAGGCGAGCGCGAGCGGAGGCACUUCCUGA